AGCCCCAGCUAAGCGCAUUGCGGUGCAUGCGCGCCUGCCACACGAGGGACUGCGGGCGCGCUUCCAAGGCGGCACCGGCAGCGCCAAUGGCAGCAGCAAUGCCGCUGUGACUGCUGCUGCCGCUGCUAGCAGUGCUUCAGCCAUGGAUGCAGCGGCCCAGCCCUACCAGUUCAUCGGGCCUGAAACGUUGUAUGGAACGACCUAUUUGACGCAGAACGGCGGCUUCACUAAGUCGGAGUUGCGCCGCCUUGAGUUUCUGCAGACGGCUGGGGAGGGUGGAUCAGCAGUGAGGGCAGUCAACGUCGGCAAGGACGAAAGCAUGACGCAGGGCUGGUACCUUGUUACCCAAACCCUGGACCACUGUCUGCUACAUCAUGACGUUACAAACAAUAAUUGCCGGAAAGAGAAACACCCAGUUCACACCGUUCGCAAGGAGUUCUUGGCGGAGUGUGUUGGGGUGGAGGCAGCUGGGCAGGCACACAGGCAGCAGAGGAAUCGGCAGGAGGUGAAAGUCGGCGACACGGGCGAAGAGCGGUGGCAGAUCCCGUUUCAGCGGAAGAGCAAGAAGGAUGAAAGCAAGAAGGAUGAGGAGGUCACGAUACAGUUCGCCAAGACGUGGCCCGCUUGGUACACGGUGCUGUCGCCCAGUGCCCGCAAGGGCGAGGGCAAGAGCGAGGGCAAGGGCAAGAGCAAGGGCAGAACCCGCAACACCGC